CCUACCUUAGGUAAGUUACCUUAGGUAAUUCGACAACAACGAACCAACCAACGUUGCGACGCUCAAGUGCAGUGGAUCCAUCCCAUCGUCCAAGCCCCGCAAAGCGGCACGCCUGCACUGGCUUGGCUGGACUGUCGUCCCCAGACGGACCUGCAUGUGGGGGAGGGGACACAACAGUAGCCCACAGGUUUGAGCCGCGGUCCUCGGAGCCGUGAUGAGGUUGGCAAGUUACCUUACAUACCAAUAUACUGUACGCUUGCUGGACAGUCUGUAACAUUCCUUGGAUGUCUUAGCUUUUUUCAACCGCCUACUUGGUCACGAGUUUUGCCGCACGCUCUCCUACGCGUAUACAUUUGACGUUUGGCGACACAGAUUUGGUACUGAAUGUAAGUUGCCAAACAAACUGCGUGCCGAUCCAACGACAGACAUCCUUCUUUCUCCAUCCGCAUCCAUUCAUUCACCUUCGCCAUUUUCUCACCACGCGACUGCUCGACGCUCUAGCGCAACCAUCAACCGACAACUCGAGUCUGCCGGUCCAUCCGGCACGUCACACAAAAACAAGAACGUCGCCAUGUCGUUCAUGGGAGGGGCCGAGUGCUCUACCGCAGGCAACCCCCUCAGCCAACUGGCAAAGCAUGCCCAGGAUGACCAGAGCCUACAACGUGACAGGCUGGUGAAUCGUGGCCCCUCGGCCGGCCCGGACUCAUUCCGGAGUAUCGUGCACAAUGGACCAGCUCAAGAUGGGGCCAUGAACGCGUUUAUGAACCAGUCUGCGAACAUGCCCGAGAUGGCCUUUGAACACGGCCCUCAUGGCCAGUUCCCCCUCGAUGCCGCACAAGCAGCUCAUCUUCGCGGGGCUACCAUAUCGCCGGCACACAUGGGAGGGAUUCAGACCUCGACAGCAUCACCAUUUAGCGCCGCCGAAUUCGCAGCUUUCCAACGGCACAACCACGAGGCCAUGUCAUCGUCGUCCAGCGCCGGUCCGAUGUCUGCCGGCCCCGCGUCUGCAAGUGCGUCCAGCUUGCAGCAACACCGACCAACACUCGGCAAUGUGCACCCGAUGGGGAUGGGGAUGGGGAUGGGGAUGGGGAUGGGAAUGGGGAUGGGGAUGGGGAUGGGGAUGGGGAUGGGGAUGGGAUAUGCAUCAAUGGGCCGGCCCUUGUACCAGCCCAUGUUCCAACAGCAAGGAGGUGUGUCACAAGAGAUGCUGGAUGGAGUGGUCGACAAGGGCAAGGGCAAGGAAAAGAUCCUAGAACUAGACGACAACCAGUGGGAGGAGCAAUUCGCCAAGAUUGAGUUGGAGAACAAGCAAGUCGAGGAAGACGAAAGCUUGGCAAUGGAACCAGAACUCAACAAGAUGGACGAGGAGCUUCUCGAAUCGGAGACAGGGUUCGGUGACUUUGAGUCAAUAUGGAAUGGCAUACAAGCCGGGAACGCUGAUAUGGCUGAUUUGACGCAGUUUUGGGAAACCUCCAACGCACGCCUGGGGCAAGCUCCACCAAUUGAGCCUUACAUGUUCGAGGAGGACAACAUAUUCAAGGAUCAACCAAAUGCCUUUGAGGAAGGCAUGCGUAUCAUGGACGAGGGCGGUAACUUGUCACUGGCGGCACUCGCCUUUGAGGCGGCGGUGCAGGCAGAUCCAAAUCAUGCCGAAGCCUGGGUGCAGCUCGGAUCAGCUCAGGCACAGAACGAAAAGGAGGAUGCGGCCAUCCGGGCGCUGGAGAGGGCACUUGAGAUUGACCCCAACAACCUUGCCGCCCUAAUGGCCUUGGCCGUCUCGUACACCAACGAGAGCUACGAUGGCACGUCGCACAGGACUCUCGAGCGGUGGCUGUCAGUCAAGUACCCUCAGAUAUGCCCGCCAGAGAAGCUCUCGUCUGCCGCAGACCUGGGCUUCACUGACCGCGAGGAACUCCGAAAGCGUGUCACAAACAUGUUCCUCGAGGCUGCUCGUCUCGCGCCUGAUGGGCAGCAUAUGGAUCCAGACGUCCAGGUCGGACUUGGUGUGCUCUUCUACGGUGGCGACGACUUCUCAAAGGCCGUCGACUGCUUCAGCGCCGCACUGGCUUCCUCCGAGCAAGGCACAAGCAACCAACAAAACCAGGUCCAUCUUCUCUGGAACCGCCUCGGUGCCACCAUGGCCAACAGCGGCCGGAGCGAGGAGGCCAUUCACGCGUACGAGAAAGCACUUGCAAUCCGACCAAACUUUGUCCGUGCACGCUACAACCUGGGGAUCAGCUGCAUCAACAUGAAUUGCGAACGGGAAGCCGCUGGUCAUCUUUUGGCCGCCUUGGCCAUGCACAAGGAGGUCGAAAAGAGUGGACGCGAGAGAGCCCGCGAGAUCCUGGGUGGAAACGGGUCUGUAAGCGAGGCGGACCUCGAGCGCCUCACAACGCAGAAUCGCAGCACAACCCUGUAUGACAGCCUGCGUCGUGUUUUCACGACUCUUGGCCGACGUGACCUGUGCGACAAGGUCGUGCCUGGGGUAGAUCCCGAUGUCUUCAGGAAGGACUUUGACUUUUAGGUAGAUUCUACAACACGACUUCUAUCAACCAGGCUGCCCUAAUCUAGUGUCUACGAGCCAGGUAUUUUCCAGGCUGAUAAUGCCGUAUUGUUGUCUAUAUACCGUAUUUGCGGGGGACUGUGGCCGAGCACGGUAAUCAUACACCAAUAUCAAAUGUUAGGUGGUAUAUAUAUAUAUAAAGAUAAAGACGGCUUACUCAAUGUGCACGUUACUUUUCAAGUCACCGUAAUACAUAAGGCAGCUGUCUCCAUUGUACAUCACAAACGUCUGCCGUUAUCACAACCAAAAUCAAAAGCUUG